AUGCCUCAGUUCCUGCCUCUUGGAGGAGGAGAGAGAAGGCGUGGGGGGCCUCCCACCCCCAUUUUGAGCACUGGGCAGGGCAGGGCCAGGCUGGGCCUAGGGGCAAGGAGAGGGGAGGGGCCGGGGGAGGGCGAAAGGGUAGGCGGGGCGUCCUCAAGGGCCUCUGGCCCUGGCGGUGAGGCCCCUGCACACACGGCACACGGGGCUCCUAGGCACGUUGCAGCAGCAGCACCCGGCAUGGCGGAGGACGGGCCGAAGCAGCCGCAGCUCAGCAUGCCCCUGGUCCUGGACCAGGACCUGACCAAGCAGAUGCGGCUGCGCGUGGAGAGCCUGAAGCAGCGCGGGGAGAAGCGCCAGGACGGCGAGAAGCUGCUGCGGCCGGCUGAGUCCGUCUACCGCCUGGACUUCGUCCAGCAGCAGAAGCUGCAGUUCGAGCGCUGGGAUGUGGUGCUGGACAAGCCGGGCAAGGUCACCAUCACGGGCACCUCCCAGAACUGGACGCCCGACCUCACCAACCUCAUGACGCGCCAGCUGCUGGACCCCGCUGCCAUCUUCUGGCGCAAGGAGGACUCGGAGGCCAUGGAUUGGAACGAGGCCGACGCCCUGGAGUUUGGGGAGCGCCUAUCAGAUCUGGCCAAGAUCCGCAAAGUCAUGUACUUCCUCAUCACCUUUGGCGAGGGCCUGGAGCCCGCUGACCUCAAGGCCUCUGUGGUCUUUAACCAGCUCUGACAGCUGCUGCUGGCUGCCUCGCCCUCCCCAUGCCUGCCCGCUGCCCCCUCCCCUGCGCGUGCUCCUUUACCCGAGGCGUGUGUUGGAGGACAUUCUCCUAGCUGCUGAUCUGCCCUCAGCGUGCCCAGGACCCUCUGAGCCUAUGUGCUUCCUCCUCUCCUUUUCCUGGUGCUGGCACUCCUGCUCCCAUGAGGAAGAUGCAGAGGUCCUGUAGUCUAGAAGCUGACCCGGCUGCCGCUGCUUCUGCUGUAGACCAUGGAGGCCUGGUGGGGCCCACGGCAUGUGCCUUCCCUCUGCUUCAUUGUCCGGAGAGAGACUCAGAGAGGCUGACAGAGACAGACAGACACAGAGAAAGAGAUCCAAAGCUCCAGCCUUCGGGCUUCCUCAGGAGACAGAGAGACAGACGACAGAGCGGCCUCCCUGGGGAAUCACUGCUCUCCUGGCCGCAGUGCCCUUCAUUGAAUCCCAGAGGUGAACAGUGAGCCCGAGGACCCAGGAAGGCACCGCUCCUGGCCUGGGCCUGGCAUGGUCCUGGGAUGCUUCAGGGGCCCCAGGACUUCAGGCAGCAUUGGUGGGGGCUGAUCUGGGGCAGUGGGGAGCAGCUGGCAGGCUCGAGGCUGUGCUUGCCAGCUCCUGCCCUACUGGGGAUGACUUUAGGGGGCGUAAGUGACAGGGAGGGGACAUGUGAAAAAGUUACGUAGAGAUGCAUCUAUCUGUACGUGUGCUUAUAUACUGAGAGAGCGUGCUGUGUUCGUGGCUAUGUUCUAGAGCCUGUACCUGCGAGCAAGUCUGAUUUUAGAUGAUCUACUUUCUAUUGCCCAGCUGGUUCAUGGGUGGCCCUUAGUAGGGGUUUUGUCAGGAUGACCUUGGGGAGGGGAACUCCUGAGCUGAGAGCCUCUGAGGUUCAUACAGUGAAGCAGGGAACAGCAUAGUGAAGGGAUUUCCCUCUGCCAGGGGGAAGCAGGAGAGAGGGGUCCAGAGCCCCGGAGCUGGAGUCAGUAGAUUCUUUGGGGCCUCAGUAUCCCUGCUGGGAUGUAAGGUUUUUCCCUGCUCCCUGGGCAGGAAAGGCUCAGGCCCAAGGGGCACCUCAGGAAGUAUUCCUAACACCCUGUCUGUCUCUAAGCCAGCUCUGGGUGGUUUUUUUUUUCGUCAGGAAGAGGCCCAUGACACUUUGCUCAUGAAGCAGACCCAGCGAGGGCCACAGGGCCCAGCGAACAGAUGCACUGGGAGAGGGCGAGAGCCAUCCACGGUGGCUGGGGCUGCUGGGAGGCUGAGCCCCAUUCGAGGCGUGCAAACAGGAGCAGGGUUUGGGAAUGGGCAUUCUUUAGGUGGGGAAUGGCUGUGGUGUUUCUGACUCUCCGCUCAGGGGCCUGUUCCCGGCGGGGCUUGAAGUCCCAGUCUGGUGGCCAGUAAGGCCAUCCGGACCCCCCGAGAUGGCCCUGCCCUUUGCCUCUCUGCUUGACCUCCGCCUGCAGCUUGGAGGACCCUCUUGGUGCAGACUGCCUAUACCCUCACCCUGAGCCCCCACAUCCACUCCUUGCACUGUGUGUCCCCAAUAAAGCCUCUGUGCCCUCA